AUGGCUCGUUUCGCCGUGGUCGCGGCCAUCAUCGCGGUCCUCGCCGUCGCCGCCACCGCUCAGGGCCCCAUGCCGGCGCCCAGGAUGGCCCCGCUCCCCGCACCGCCGGCGAGGUCCCCGGCCACCGCCCCUGCGCCGGUCGCCACCCCGCCCACCGCCGCGUCGCCAUCCCCGAUGGCCUCGCCCCCGGCCCCGCCCACCGACGCGCCGACCGACGCUCCCUCGGCGAUGACGCCGUCCGCAGUCUCCGCCACACCCACCGGCGCCCCCACCAGCGCCCCCGCGAGCUCCGCCGUGUACUCGUCCGCCGCCAGCUUCGUCGCCGUCGCCGGCGCGGUCGCCGCCGCCAUCAUGUUCUAG